UCAAAAAUGUCCUAGUUGCAAGUCGAGCAAAUAUAAUAAUCCUCAACUAAAACUUAUGGUUAAUACGUGCGGUCAUCCACUAUGUGAGAAUUGCGUGGAGGUUCUUUUUGUCCGUGGAUCCGGAUUAUGUGUACAAUGCAAAAUGCCUCUUCGGAAGGCAAAUUUUCGAUACCAGCUAUUUGAGGAUCCGCUUGUUCAAAAAGAAGUUGAACUAAGAAAAAAAAUCCUUAAUGACUUUAACAAGCGGGAAGAGGAUUUUGAUUCUCUUGAAGAAUACGAUCUUUAUCUUGAAAAAAUUGAGCAAAUAAUUUACAAUUUAGUUAAUGACCUUGAAAUCGAAGAUACAAAAAGAUACGUAGAGCUUUAUAAACGCGAAAAUAAGGAUUUAAUUAAAAAGAACAGAGCUAAAUUGUCCUACACAGCUGCAUUCUAUGCCACAGAGUUGGAAAAGGAACAGCUUGUAAAAGCAGAACUCGCUAGGGAAGAGGCUUCUGAAUUAAACGAGUCUCGUCGCACGAGAUUAGCAAAGCAUGAAGAUGCUCUAAGAAGCAUUCUCCCGCCUAGUGUAUUGGAAUCCACCUUAACUGACAACUCUCCUGUAACACGAAGCACCUAA